AUGUCAACACAAACACUUGCUAGUCAAUUAUCGGAGUUAUCAAUCAAACUUGUAAUUUAUUGUUGGACACCUAUUUAUAUUAUUGGAAUAUUGGGAAAUCUAUUGAAUAUAAUUACCUUUUCACGUCGUACUUUACGUGGUAAUACAUGUUCACAAUAUUUUAUUGGUAUGUCUAUUGUUCAAAUUAUUCUUUUCAAUAGUCUAUCUUUAACUAAAAUAAUAACAAAUAUAAGCGGCUAUGAUCUUGGUCAAACUGUAGCAAUACUUUGUAAAAUUCGAAGCUAUCUUUUCAUAUUUAGUCUCGGUCUUAUGCGUCAAUUUUUAUGUUUAAUUUCAAUUGAUCGAUGGAUUAUGUCAACAGAUAAUGCACGUAUAAGAAAAUUUAGUUCAGUAUUUGCUGUUCGUUGGCUCAUGAUCGGUAGCAGUGUAUUUUGGAUUUUAUAUAGCAUCCAUAUACUGAUCGGCUUUCAAACAAUACCCACACGUGGUUGUACACAUUUACCCAAUCCUUCUUAUGCAUUAUUUUAUGUUAUACAAUUUACUAUAUCGUCAAUAAUACCGUUUAUUAUCAUGACUAUGUUUAGUAUAUUCACAUUGCGUAAUGUGCGUAACCAUAGGCGUAUUCGAAUAGCUUCACAAAAUACUGUACCAUCAUCAACAAUGCAAUCUAAUUUACCUCAGAAUAUUCGUCGACGU